AUGGCGCAAAACCGGCACUGGGAGCAGGACAAGGAAGCCACCAUCUACAUUGGCAACAUCGACGAGCGGGCCUCCCCCGCCACCGUGUACGAAAUCAUGCUGCAGAUGGGCCCCAUCCACAACAUCCACAUGCCGCGCGACCGCGUGACCCAGAACCACCAGGGCUUCGGCUUCGUCGAGUUCCGCACGCCCUCGGACGCCGAGUACGCGGCCAACGUGAUGAACGGCGUCAAGCUGUUCGGCAAGUCGCUGCGCGUCAACAAGGCGUCGGCCGACAAGGCCAAGGGCGCCGACAUUGGCGCCGAGCUCUUCGUCGGCAACCUCGACGCCGUCGUCGACGAGAAGCUGCUGUACGACACCUUCUCCCGCUUCGGGCCGCUGCUGAGCCUGCCCAAGGUGGCCCGCGACGACGCCGGCAACAGCAAGGGCUUCGGCUUCGUCAGCUUCGCCGACUUUGAGAGCAGCGACGCCGCCGUGGCCAACCUGGACGGCCAGUACGUCCUCAGCAAGGAGGUCAGCGUGCAGUACGCCUUCAAGAAGGACGGCAAGGGCGAGCGGCACGGCGACGAGGCCGAGCGCGAGCUGGCCAAGCAGGCCAAGAAGAGGAACAUUGUGCCCGAGGCGCAGGCCCUGCCGGCCUUUCUCCAGCAGGCGCAGCAGCAGCAGCAGAAGACGCAGACGCAGCAGACGCAACAGACGCAGCAGACGCAGAAGACGCAGACGCAGACGACGACGUCGACGCCGACGCCGACGCCGACGCAGCAACAAGCGGCUCCGCAGCUGCCGCAGCCGCAGCCGCAGCAGCAUCAUCAUCAUCAUCACCCUCAUCCUCAUCACCCCCAUCCUUAUCCGCACCCUCACCAUCAUCGUCAGCAGCAGCAACCGCAGCCGCAGCCGCAACCGCACCACCCGCUGGCAUCACAGCUCCACCACCCCCAACAGCACCUGGGAGCCCCGCCCGCGCCAGCCGGCUUUGAACCUCCAUCCGUGCCGGGCAUGCCUGGCGUCCCCGGCGUCCCCGGCGUCCCUCCUCCCAUGGAUCACCACAUCCCACCCCCGCCCGCCGGAUUCGUACCUCCUCACCGUGGUCUGUCGCCCUACAACGCAGCUCCCCACGGCGCUGUUCCUCCCGCCCCGGGCCGCGGCCCCGUGCCUCUCCCUCCUCCGCCAUCCGGCCUACCCGCUCGGCCGCCCCAAAGCCAAAACUACACCAACCCUGCAGACUUCCAUCCCGGCGCUUUCCGUCCUCCGUCUGCCUCUCCAAAUCCCCCGGGAUACCCGGUCGCACCACCUCCGGGACUGCCUUCCGCGCCGCCAGGAGUCUCCGGAGGCCCCGGUGCCCCCGCUCCGCCCCCGGGGUUCAUGCCUCCCCCUGGAUUCCAACCGCCUCCUGGCUUUGCACCAAGAUGA